CGGGCGGGCCUGGGGGCGCGCGGCGGCAGCAGUUUCCGGCCGGAGCGCUGAGGGGUUGGCCCCACCAUGGCGCGGAAGAAGGUGCGUCCGCGGCUGAUCGCGGAGCUGGCACGCCGCGUGCGCGCCCUGCGGGAGCAGCAAAACCGGCCGCGCGACUCGCAGCUCUACGCCCUGGACUACGAGUCCCUGACGCGGCCGUUCUCCGGACGGCGGCUGCCGGUCCGGGCCUGGGUCGACGUGCGCCGCGAGAGCCGCCUCCUGCAGCUGCUCAACCGCCUCCCGCUCUUCGGCCUGGGCCGCCUGGUCACGCGCAAGUCCUGGCUGUGGCAGCACGACGAGCCGUGCUACUGGCGCCUUACGCGGGUGCAGCCCGAUCACACGGCACAGAAUUUGGACCACGGGAAGGCCUGGGGCAUCCUGACCUUCAAAGGUAAGACGGAGAGCGAGGCGCGGGAGAUCGAACACGUCAUGUACCAUGACUGGCGGCUCGUGCCCAAGCACGAGGAGGAGGCCUUCACCGCGUUCACGCCGGCGCCCGAGGACAGCCUGCCCUCCGUGCCGUACCCCCCGCUCCUCCGGGCUAUGAUUCUCGCAGAACGACAGAAAAAUGGAGACACAAGCACCGAAGAGCCCAUGCUGAAUGUGCAGAGGAUACGCGUAGAACCCUGGGAUUACCCUGCAAAACAGGAGACCAAAGGAAGGGCCAAGGGCACCCCGGUCUAGAACGCCAGAGCCAGCGGGUGGCCUGAGGGGCUGUGAGGUCGUGGGGACCUUGCUGAUGAAGGAAACCGUCCUUGCGUUACACCUGAGUCCGCCCCCGGAGUUGGGAGUUCCCCCUCCGAGACGUGUUCUGACGGUCUGCAUCGUAGUGGGGAGGGCUGGGGCAAAUCGCCAACUGUCUUUCCUCUGGCCCUGCCGCCCCAACACCCAACUCGGAGGGCACGCUGGGGAAAGCGGGAAGUGCUGGUCCCCUUCCCCCAUUGGAGCUCUUUCUGGUGGGAUCCAGGCAGAAACUGUGAAAGAGAAUAAACGGGGAAAGAA